AUGGCCGACGACGUCGAGGCGCUCAAGCGCGAGCUGGAGGCGCUCAAGCUGCAGCUCGAGCAGGAGCGCAAGAAGAACACCGCUGCCGCCGCCGACAGCCCCCAGCAGAAGCCCGAGCGGGUGGCGCAGCGAGACCAGAGCGCCAAGUCGAAGCGGCGAGGGGGCGACACGACGGCGUCAACAGCCCCGAAGGAGCAGUGCGUCUACGUGCAGCACGCCGCGGUAGGAGCCCGGCGCGGCAAGUGGUGGCUGCGCGACCGACAGGUGCUUCCGCGCAGCGCAUCGGAGGACGGCGGCGGCGGCGAGACUCUGAAAGUGCGGGAGACCUGGGUCUGGAGCGGCCGGGCGGUCGUCCUUGAUAAAAUCGUGCGACUCGACGACGAGGAAGAGGACGAGCAGGAGCCGGCAGAGUUGGAGCAAGCCAAACCAGAAGCAAAGCAGCCGAAUGAUGCCGACAUCACGAGCGCUGUGCCCGUUGAAGUCGCCGCAGCUCCAAGCGAGACCAGUCCGCAGCAAGAGCAGCAAUCCGAUGCAGCAGAGACAACUAAGUCUGGGGAGGAUGCGGCCCCGGUAGAUGCACCUGCUGAGAAUGUUGCCCAGGAGGUGACAACACCGCCGCCGCCGACACCAGCGAAGGCGGACGAUGAGGUGCGAGAGAGCUCCGCUACAACGGCAAAAUUGCCGGUGAUUGACUCUACAUCGCUGCCCAUAGCAGUGGACACCAACUCGUAG